AUGGCAUCUUCAGCAGCUACCUAUGAAUCCAUAGAGCACUCCAUUAUUGAUAAUUUGGCAAAAAACAAAGAGUAUUUCCCUACCCCUUUUGCAAUUCAAUCUAUCAAUGCUGGGGAUGACCUUCCUUCAGCAUUGCUACAAGUUUUGUCAUUUCAGAAAAUGCAGAACAACAAAGAUGAUACUGACAGACAUAAAUUAGUGUUAUCUGAUGGCACAUACAUGACUAUUGUAAUACUUAUUCUGGAAGUGAAACAAACUGAUUGCCCGUUCUUUGGUAAACCUGAAUAUCUAUUCAAAGAACAACAACUAGAAAUUAUGUCUGAGGACAGACCAUCAACAUCUAAACGAUCUCUUCAGUUUGCAACUGAAUUGCCAUCCCCACAAACAACAACUUCUGAAAAUAUAAGCCCUAUCAAAACUUUGAAUCCAUACCAAAAUAAAUGGACUAUCAAAGGGAGAGUUACUCAUAAAUGGUCUAUUAAGGCAUAUAGCACAACGACCAAAAAUGGCCAUGUGUUUAGCUUUGACAUUGUUGAUUGUUCACAUUAUAUUAUUUCAAAAGGAUCUGUUAAGGAGGCAAAUGCAAGGUACAACAAACUAAACAGCCAUUUAGAAAUCACCUUGUCUGAUACAUCCAUUCUAAAACGUUGCACCAACGAAGAACAACCAGAUCAACAAAGUCCUCCUUUCAUGCCCAUUAGUGAAUUGUUUCAUCUAAUAAAUAACACGCUGGUUGACAUAAUUGGUCUUGUUCUAUAUGUUGGAGAUAUCAUUCCUAUACACAGGAAAGAUGGCAGUCAAACACAAAAACGUCUGGUGAAAAUUAAUGAUCUAUCUGGUUCAACAAUUGACAUCAACUUAUGGGGUCCAAUGGCAGAACAAAAGGGCCUGGAAUUGAAAAAUAUGUUGACCAAUGAUAGUGUGCUUAUCCUUGCUUUGCCUAAUGCUCAUGUUGGCUAUUUCAAUGGGAAGAUUAUAAACAUAACAGCUGCAACAACAUUACAUAUCAACCCAAGUUUUCUAGAAGCAGAGCUUCUAACAUUAAGAGGAAAGGACCCUUUGCUUGCUAUACCCUUUGUUGUAGAAACUAUCCACAUAGAUGGCAAAUAUACUAGAAUGACAAUUUCUUCAAUCCGUGAGUGGAUGAGCAUCAAACCAGAAACAAUUCAGACAACAUUGCUAGCUGUUCUACGCUUUGUGAACGUCAAUGACCAAAAUUUCUAUUACACAGCUUGCCCACUGAUAGUCAAUGGAAGUUACCUCUUGCCUCUAAAGUUGCAAGAUGCCAUAGGUACUCUAUGGGCCACUACAUUUGAUGAGGGUGGCAUUCACUUGCUACACAAAACUGCAAAACAACUCUAUGCACUACAAAACGAUACAACAACAACAAUAGAGACACCUUCCUCAAUGGUCAAGACACUACUGUCACGUUACUAUUCAUUCACAGUGUUGGUUUCUACUAAGACAUAUAAUUUAGAAACGAAGAUGAAAGUGACAGUCAAUAAAGUUGCUCCUGUUGACUUCAAAGCUGAGUGCCAUGCAUUACUUGCAGAAAUUGGCUGCCUAAGUACAAAGACUUAA